AUGCCACUCAAUAUUCUUGGCACUAUACUGCUGGAAGGAACUGAUAAGGUUCCAGGAUGGGACUAUGUAAAAAAGUAUGGACCAUUCCUGGUUUCAGCAGGGCUUACAAAGUACUAUUUUGGUGGAUCAACUAAUACAUGGGAGAGAGACCUACACGGUAAGGUUUAUCUCGUAACUGGGGGAACGUCAGGUAUUGGCGCUUCUCUGGUGCGCGAACUCGCCAAUAGAGGGGCACAAUUGGUUUUGUUGACCUCACAGCUGGAUGAAGAUGGGUCAGGAGGUGCCUGGAUUACUGACUAUAUCGACGAUCUCAGAAACGACACGGGAAACCAACUUAUUUACGCAGAACAUUGCGACUUGUCGUCCCUGUAUUCCAUAAGAAAAUUUGCUACCACAUGGCUUGAUCAGUCCCCUCCACGUCGUCUUGAUGGGGUCCUGUGUAUGGCAGCCGAAGCGGCACCAAUUGGCAAGGUUAGAGAAUCAAGUAUAGAUGGCGUUGAACGUCAAAUGGCAAUCAAUUAUUUAGGCCACUUCCAUCUUCUCACAUUGCUUGAGCCGUCUCUCAAAGUUCAGAUAGCCGAUAGAGACGUUAGAAUAUUGCUGGCUAGCUGUAUGAGUCAGUCCAUAGGUGAGAUCGAUUUGGAUGAUUUGUUAUGGGACGUGAGAAAAUACCCUGCAAACCAGCCAUGGAAGGUCUACGGAACAUCAAAGCUAAUGCUUGCGAUGUUUGCAAAAGAAUACCAACGGAGGCUGGAUAGCUUUCAAAGAAAAGAUGGAGAGCCAAACAAUACAAAAAUCAACAUCGUGAACCCGGGACUAGUAAGAACCCCCUCCAUGCGUCGUACACUCUCCAUGGGCUCAGUUUGGGGUUUGCUGCUUUAUUUGAUAACGUAUCCCUUUUGGUGGUUCUUCUUGAAAUCUGGAGAACAAGGAAUGCAGUCAUUUUUGUUUGCAAUUAAUUCUCCUGAGUUUGUUAAAAUGCAUGGUGGUAACUACGUCAAAGAAUGCUCAAUAGUCAAAAAGGAGCAGCGCUCCGAACUCAACAACAAGGAGCUGCAAUCAGCUUUGUUCGAUAAAACUAAGGAGAUGGUUGAUAUUUUGGAGAAAAGGUCUGCUAUCGAACGGAACAGGUUGAAAAGGCAAAAUGGAGACAAAAAGAAAAAGGAGAGCAACAAGAAGAAUUCAUCGAAUAACGCACAGAUAUCAGAGACGGAUAAACUCAGUGUAUUCAAGUCGGCAUUUAAGAACCAGCCUGAACCCGCAUUGCUGCAUAAGCUAGCUCCGGAUCAGGAGGAAAAAAAGAACGAAAGAUUGAGGAGUCUGGAUAAGAAACUCCAACAAAGUAAGAAAUUGACAAGCCAAAAAUGA